AUGGACAUGGCGUCGCUUCGGCGCAGCGGCUGGUGCGAGUCCAUGUGCGCGCGGGCGGCGCUGGCGCGCUACGGCCUGCUGGGCUCCUCCCCGCGCCGGGCCCCGCGCGCCUCCCCCGCGCCCUCGCCCUCCCCCGCGCCGGUCGCGCGCGACGACCCCGUGCGCGCCGCUCGCGCUCUGCUGCGAUCCUUGCCCAUACCCAGUGCGGAAUUCGCGUACGGCCGGACCAGAGUGUUCGUUCGCAGUCCGCGAACCGUGUGGGAGCUGGAGGCGUUGCGCGCCGCGCGAGUGGAGGCGCUGGUGGCGGCGGCGCAGCGCGCGUGGCGCGAGCACCGCGCGCGGCGACGGGCGCGGGCGCAAGCCGUGAUCGCGCGAGCGUGGCGCCAGCACCGGCGGCUGGCGGCGCGCGGGGACGGCGGCGCGGCCGGCGGGGAUGCGCCCGCGCAGGCCGCGGGGCGGAUCUGGCGCGCCUGGUGCACGUGGGCGCGGCGGCGCUACCUGGCGCGGCUGUGGCGCCGCCUGCCGGCGCGCCACAUGUCGCCGGCCUGCGCGGCCUGGCCCGCGUGCGGCGCGCCCGUGCUGCUGGGCCGCACGGACUCCAUGCUGCGGCGCCUGCACCACGCGUGGCGUUGUCGCAUCUACCGCGCCGCCUUCGACCAGACCGCCCGGAACCGCAUGCGCGAGAAGGUGACGGCGAGCGUGCUGUUCAAGGAGCGCAAGCUGAACUACGGGCGGAGCGUGGCGCACCCGUUCGUGGGCGACUACGUGCGCCUGCGCGCCUCGGCCGCCUGGCGCCGCGGGCUGGGCGCCGCCGGCGACAGAUACGUGGUGUUCGCCGACGUCGUGGGCAAGGUGGCGCGGUCGACGGGGCGCGUGGCGCGGUGCCUGUGCGUGGUGUCGACGGGCGCGCUGCUGCUGCUGGAGGCGCGCUCGCUGCGCCUGAAGCGCCGCGUGCCCGCGCACGCCGUGUGGCGCCUGUCGCUGUCGCCCUUCGCCGAUGACCUGCUCGUCGUGCACGUGCGCGCGUGUGGAGGCUUGGAGAGUUCUACGGAGGAGCUGUCGCAGUGCUCGUCGAGAGACACCACUGACGCGCCAGGCUGUCUGUUUGGGGGCGAGGGUGCGUGGCGCCGGCGCGGGGACGUGGUGGUGCGCACGUGCCACGUGCUGGAGCUCGCCACCAAGCUGUUUCUCGUGGUGCAGAACGCGGUGGGCCUGCCGCCGCACGUCAACAUCGCCACCGAAUUCGAGGCCAAUUUCGGACAGCAGCUGGUGACGUUGUCGUUCCACGCGGUGGGAGGCGCCGAGGGCGGAGGCACGCGCCUGCUGCGCCGCGGCAGCCGCAUGGACGUGCUCGUGUGA